ACAGACUGUGUGAAAAAACCGCCGGAAAAUGGCCGUGAUUCCGUUCGCCGCCACGCGAUCCGGCAUCAGAGACUUCCUCCUCGCCGUCUCCUCCUUACUCUCCGUCACGCUGCUCCUCUACCUCCACAACCUCGACCUCUCCUCCAGCGCCGUCGCUCACUCAUCCGCCGCGGAUCCCCCUCCGCCGCUCUCUCUCCACGGCGUCCUCUUCUCCGUCGCCUCCUCCUCGGCCUCGAUCCACCGCCGCGCUCGCUACAUCCGCCUCUGGCACCGCCCGAUCGCCCGCCUCAACACCACAUUCCUCUUCCUCGACCGCCCCCCGCCGCAGCCGAUCCCGCCGUCUCUCCCUCCAAUAAUCGUCCCCCCCGGCGCCGGAACCCUAGCCGCGGGACAUCGAAUUGCGCGAAUCGUUAAGGACGCCGUCGAAUUGAGCGUCCCCGGCGUGCAUUGGUACGUCUUCGGCGACGACGAUACCUUGUUUUUCGCUGAGAAUUUGGUGGGGAUUUUGUCGAAAUACGACCACAAUUGGUGGUACUACAUCGGCAGUAGCUCUGAGAGCUACGAGCAGAAUGAGAAAUUCAGCUUUGAUAUGGCGUAUGGCGGCGGCGGAUUCGCGGUCAGUGCGCCGUUAGCUCGGGUUUUGGCUAGGGUUCUCGAUUCAUGCCUCGGCAGGUACCGCCAUUUGUACGGAAGCGAUGCUCGAAUUUUCGCCUGCUUAGCUGAGCUAGGCGUUCCGUUAACCGUCGAGAAAGGAUUUCAUCAGGUCGAUGUUCGAGGGGAUUUAUUCGGAUUUCUCUCUGCGCAUCCAAUAUCACUUGUUGCAUCACUGCAUCACAUAGAUGCUAUUGAACCAAUCUUUCCUGGUAGGGACCGGAUUAAUGCUUUGGAACAUCUGUCCAAAGCUUCACGCGUUGAUCCUGCUAGGAUUUUCCAGCAGAGUGUUUGCUACCACGAAACUAGUUCAGUUACGGUUUCAGUCUCAUGGGGCUAUGCUGUUCAAGUAUAUGAAGGGAACAAACUUCUUCCUGAAGUGCUCUCACUUCAGAGAACUUUUAGCCCAUGGAAGAGAGGAAAGAAUGUAUCUUCAAGCCGUUAUAUGUUCAACACGAGAGAUUACCCUAGUGAUCCAUGCAAAAGACCCGUUGCCUUCUUUUUGAAUACUGUUACUGCUGAUACAACUGGUAUCUGGACCGAAUACACUAGACACAAUGCUGGAAGUUGCGUUAAAUUUAAAGCAUUAGAGAGAUUGAAAGCAGUUAGUGUUUAUUCUCAGAAAAUAGGUGUUAAUACUGAACAGAUGGAAGUACCGCGUCGUCAUUGCUGCGAUAUUUCAUCGUUUUCUGAUGAAACAAUAACUGUCCAAAUAAGGAAAUGUGGAGUUCAUGAAUUGAUUGCUAUGCAGGGAUAACUAGUCUUGCAUUACCUUUGAGUAUCUCAUGGCGGUCAACCCAGAUCAGGCAGGAGUUGUUCACAUUCUUUAGUGAAGGUACCUUAAAUCAUUGGAUAAAUCGUUGAUCAAACUUGUGGCAAGCAAUGUAUACAUUCUGUUUGUUUUUCGUAUCAUGUUCAUUUCGUCUCUCCUUUGGAUUAUGCACGAGAAGACAGGAAGAAACACUUGUUUGCUGGAGCUUAACGUAAAAUAGAGUUUCUCGUCUUUCUAAUGGCCAAGUCAAAUAUCCGAGAACCUGAAGAUUGAUGGUGCACAACAUGGAAUGCUUAGCAUGAUAUUCUUAGAACUCUCGCCUAAUAUUUUUGUUCUAUAGCAAUUUUUUUUUGUAAUUUGUAAACUAGAUAUGCCUAGUCUUGUGUUGCUGUUUCGUGUACCUGUACUAUUCAUACCUGUUCUUACCAGCUGAGUUGAUGUUCUUUCUAACUUUCUAUCA